AUGAGAGGGACGAGCGAACCACGCGAGAGGAAGAGGCAGAGGGAAGAUAGCCGUCAGGACGACGUUGACCCCGGAGAUCAGGGCAGCUAUGUGAUCGACGCGCUACCAGCGGCGCUCUGGCACCGCAUCUUCAGCCUGCUGCUCGAGCGCCGAUGCAUCGCCACCCCUCCGCACUCCGCGGGCGGCCGCUACUACUGCCGCGCGCUAAGCGCGGCGCAGCGAGCAGAGUUGAAUGCCACCAAGGCGAAUGCCAAUGGUGGUGAUCGUGGCGCUGCGAAUCGUGCUGGCACCAACGACCCACGGAACGCUGAGAGUUGCGCCAGCAGCAGCACGGGCAAGAGCAGUAACGGCAAGUGCGAGGACGAAGGCAAGGGCAGUGCAGGGGAGAGCGACGAGGAGGAGGAGGAGGCGAAGGAGAGCGUGGUGUUCGUGAAGGCCGGGGUGUCGCCGUGCUGGCUGCAUGCGCACAACGCUCGCACGUUCGGGUCCUCGUGGCCUCUGCUGUGCUGCGCGCUCGCCAGCAAGAGGCUGCUCCACCUCGUCGCCUCCUUCUCCAUGAGUCCCAUGCUCGCUCUCCCCCUCUCUCCCUCACUACGCCUAGUGCUGGACUCUCAGCUGAUAACCUCCACUUCCACCUUUUCGCGCUCUCACACCUUCUGCCCUCUUUCUCCCCUCCCUCCAUCUUUCCCCUAUCCCCUUUCCUCCCCUCCCUCCCUCCCUCCCCCCUCCCUCCCCCCUCCCUCCCCCUCGCGUCCGACUCCAGGAACACGGCACGCCUAUCAGUCUGCACCUCACCUCCGCCCAGCCCCAGUGGACCACCAGCCCCUGGCCGCCAUUGCACCUCAGCUGCACGAAUUCACGUUCCGCGAGCCGCAUAAGGUGGAGGAGGGGGCGGGGCGGGGAGCUUUCACAGGACCCGUGCUGCUGUGCCUCGAGUUCCCCAGGGCUCGUCACCUCUCCUUCCGCUUCCUUAACCACGAGCUCAAGCUGAAACUCUCCCUUGCUUCUGAUUCUCUCACCUCCUUCGCAACCUCUGCUCUGUCCCUCACACUCGCCUGCCACUCUGCCCGCCCUCUAACGUUGACCCAGCUUUUUCUGUUUGGGGAAGAGAGGAUCCAUAUUGCCUCUUUUGACAUUGCCUCUGUCUGUGCGCUUUACCUCGACGCUCCGGUUAAAUUUCUGUCGCCGCGCCCUGCCCCCAUCCCUGCCGCUGUUCGAGAAGCGGAGGUGUGCGGGGAUUCGUUUCUGUUUAUCCCGCCGCCGUUGCCAUUCGCAUCGGCGCACUGGCUGCGUGCACUUGCGCCUACAGUGGAGCUGCUUAUAGCGAGGCAUGACAUCAAGCUUGCGGACUGCAAAUUCCCCUGGCCGCGGUUGCGGAGCCUUGGGAUUGUCGUGGAGAGCGAUUACUUUGCGUGGAACGAACCUCGCUGGGAGAUGGCGGUGGAAGAUGUGGCGAAAGCAGAUGGGAACGAGUAUGUACAGUUUUCGAGGGACCAGCGGAGUGAUCGGAGGGAGGAGGGGAGGGAGAGGGAGCACGAUAUGUGGAGUCGAGGGUUGACUCGCUUCCAUGCCAGCCCAUUUGGGAACCAGCUGGUUGGUGUUGGACCCGACGACUAUGAUGGUGUUGAUGCUGGUGGAGACCUGAAUGAUACGGUGCAUGAGGCACCUGCACACAGGCCUCAUUCCCCCUCUCUGUGCAUUCCUCCAAGCAUCAACGCUCCGAAUCUGGGAGCCAUCUUCUUCCCGACCCUCGGCGACACACCCACAGCCCUGCUGGGAGAUCUCAAGGCGAGGUAUCCGUCUCUGGCGCUGUACUGUGUUGCAAGGCACACGUGGUACUGGGAGAGGAAAGGGAUGAGGUUGAUUGAUGGGCCGGUGGCGCAUGUGAGGGGGCCGAGAGGAGGGAAGGGUAGCGCUUCUUUCAGGAAUGGGCGGAAGAGCGUUCGGGAUAAAAUGCACAGUGUGAAUCUGGGGCUGAUGGCAGGGUAUAGGUUGGAUGAGGAGGAGUGGUUCAUGGUUGAGGGUCAGUUGUGGUUUCCGGUGGUUGGUGAGGAGGGAGGGGGGGGGGAGAUGGGCUAA